AUGACUGACAAGCUCCCGCCGAAUUUGCUGGCUUUGUUCGCGCCACGACCACCUUUGCGAUGGGUAGAGCCGCCGGAUUAUGCCCCUGAAAAGCGCAAGACCGCGCCCAUUGACGGUGUUGCCGCGUUCUUGCCUGAGCUUCAGAAGUACAAGGAGACGGAUGUGUACAAUCCCACGGAGAGUUGGCUCGAGGCGAGGGACAGGAAGAAGCAGGAGAAGAAGGAAGCUGUCGAGAAGUUACUCACCGAAGGGCCGAAGAACUACGCCCCCAAUGAAGACCCGAAUAUUCGAGGCGAUGCAUUCAAGACUCUGAUCGUUGCGCGACUCAGCUACGACGCAGACGAACGGGACUUGGAGAGGGAGUUUGGUCGGUUCGGUCCAAUUGAGCGCAUUCGUAUCAUCACUGAUACUCACGCGCAUGAAAAGCCCAACAAGAAGAAAAAGGCUCACCGUGGAUAUGCUUUUGUAGUGUUUGAGAGAGAAAAGGACUUGAGAGCUGCCUUGGACUCUUGUGAUGGCAUUCGCAUCAAAGACAGACGCAUCAAAGUAGAUGUCGAAAGAGGCCGAACCGUCAAGGGAUGGAAGCCGCGUAGAUUAGGCGGCGGCCUUGGUGGGCGUGGUUACACCAAGUCAGCCCCUGCUCGUCCUGGAGGCGGUCCUGCCGGUGGCUUCGGCGGUGGUUUUCGUGGCGGCUUUAAAGGAUUUGACGGCGGACGUGGCCGAGGCGGCUUCCGUGGCGGGUUCGGUGGCCGUGGUGGAGGAUUCAGAGGCGAUGGGCCUCGUGGAGAUCGAAAUGGCUUCGGUGCGCCAAGCGGAGCUCCUUCCGGCCCUGGAGGCGACCGCAGAAAUGGUGACCGUGGCUUUGGCGGCGGGUAUGAUUCCAGGGGUGGACGGUCCUUUGACGAUAGGCCUGGCGGUGGUUACCGUGAUGGCGGCCGUCGCACUGGCGGCAAUAUGGAACCUAUCGGACGCAGAGAGGGUGGGUUUCGGGACAGAGAUAGAGACCGUGACCGUGAUCGUGACCGUGAUCGUGAUCGGGGCGACCGCGACCGCGACCGCGACCGAGGAGGCCGGGACUACGACAGGCCACCGCGUGAUGAUGAUAGCCGGAAACGAGGAUAUGACGGAGGUGGUUACGAAGAUCCGCGAAAACUGCGACGAUAUUAA